UAUAUCUUUGGUAUAAUUCCGCAUCAUUUGAAAUGUACUUUUUGUUGACGUUUAUGUUUGCCUGAAAUAAUGGAUGAUAAUCCACUGAGUUCUUUGAAAGAAGCUUUACAAGUAUGCGUAUCGAGUGGCAGUAGGAAAUCACCAGAGAAACUGAAAGAAUUGGAACAGCAGCUCUAUAGAAAGUAUCUGACUGAAUGGCGCUCUGAACCGAAAGAAAACCAUUCGUCCUACGACGUAAUACCGAAGUUCUAUCGCAAGCUACCAAAGCAAGAUGAUGUUCUUGCCCAAAAGUUGAGAGAAGAGGCUAGAGCUGUGUUUCUACAACGAAGAGGCCGUCAGUUGUUGAACAGCAAUGAACUGAAGGCUCUGUGGGUCCUGCUCGAGAAUCAUCAUAGCCCACCCUUAUCAGAUGAUGAACAGUUAAUCAACUAUGAAGACUUUCUGAAAGUGGCAGAGAAGGGAGGACCAAAGUGCAAGCAUUAUUUCACACCACAGGUAUUUGCUAAAUUGCAGCAUGGGGAUCCCUAUUGUAGAAUCAACAUAAUGGUACUUUUCAACUACAUUAUGCGUAAAGUAUGGUACCAUGAGACUCGCAUUGGUUUGUCUCUCUACGAUUUUGUGGGCCAGGGCUAUUUACGUGAGCUGGAUUUAGAAAAUUACAUCAUGGAACUGAUACCUACACUGCCUCAGUUAGAUGGAUUGGAGAAAUCAUUCCAUAGUUUCUAUGUGUGUACAGCAGUUCGCAAGUUUCUCUUUUUCUUGGAUCCAUUGCGUACUGGCCGUGUACGAAUCCAAGACAUACUUGCAUGUAGCUUCCUUGAUGACUUGCUUGAGUUGCGUGAUGUGGACCUACCAAAGGACCUGCAAGAUAGCAACUGGUUUUCAGCUCCAUCAGCUUUACGUGUCUAUGGUCAGUAUCUGAAUCUUGACAAGGACCACAAUGGUAUGCUCAGUUGCAGUGAGCUUUCGGGGUAUGGCACUGGUACUCUAUCAAAGGUUUUCACAGAACGAGUAUUUCAAGAAUGUCUCACGUAUGAUGGUGAAAUGGAUUACAAGACAUACCUUGACUUUGUGCUGGCCAUGGAAAAUAGACAGGAACCACAAUCCCUGCAUUACCUCUUUAGAAUUCUUGAUGUACAUGGCAAAGGCUACUUAGAUGUAUUCACACUCAACUACUUCUUUCGGUCAAUACAAGAACAGAUGGUAGUACAUGGACAAGAGCCUGUCUCAUUUGAAGAUGUUAGUGAUGAAAUAUUUGACAUGGUCAAGCCCACCAAUCCAGCUAAAAUCACUCUUCAAGAUCUAAUAAACUGUGGUCAAGGUGAUACAGUAGUAAGCAUCCUGAUAGAUUUGAAUGAUUUCUGGACAUAUGAGAACAGGGAAGCCAUAUCUACUGAUAGUAAUGAGGCAUCUGCAGAAGUGUAGCUUGCUGUGAGAUAAUAUUAUAAUUAUUUUAUAACUUAUUUUAUUACUUUUUUAUUAUUAAAAAAAUACAUGUCUUAUUGUGAGAUUUUUAUAUGGAAAUGAAAAAAAGAACACACAAACAAAAGAAGCUCAAAGUAAUGAGUCCUAUAUUGUUUAGUAUCAUUGUAUUUAAAAUUCUAAAAAUACUCAUGCACAGAAACAAGUGAAAA